UUUUUUGAGCUGCUUCCACUGCGGUCACACUAAUCGAAGCAUUUUCGUCCGCUCUUCACUUUUCUGCGUAAUUCUUUUCGUAUAUUUCGAUUAAACAUAAAUAAAUAAGCGUAAUUAUAAAUAUAUGAAAUACUAAAUUGUUAAUUGCACGAGUUGAAGGCGGAAAAUCGAAUCGAACGAGAGAAGCAAAACAAGCCAAAUCGGAAAACAGUAUGAAAAUGGUGUUGUCGCAGCGGCAGCGCGAGGAGCUUAACCAAGCGAUUGCCGAUUAUCUGGGCUCAAAUGGCUACGCCGACUCAUUGGAGACCUUCCGCAAGGAGGCCGAUCUCAGCACAGAAGUGGAAAAGAAGUUUGGCGGACUGCUGGAGAAGAAGUGGACGUCCGUCAUUCGGCUGCAGAAGAAAGUAAUGGAAUUAGAGGCUAAGCUCACUGAAGCUGAGAAGGAGGUCAUCGAGGGCGCGCCGACAAAGAACAAACGGACGCCUGGCGAGUGGAUACCUCGGCCGCCAGAGAAGUUCUCCCUAACCGGUCAUCGUGCCAGCAUAACGAGGGUAAUUUUCCACCCCAUCUUUGCUCUAAUGGUUUCCGCAUCCGAAGACGCCACCAUUAGGAUUUGGGACUUCGAAACUGGCGAGUACGAGCGCAGCCUGAAGGGACACACGGACUCGGUGCAGGAUGUGGCAUUCGAUGCCCAGGGCAAGCUUUUGGCCUCCUGCAGCGCAGACUUGUCCAUAAAAUUGUGGGAUUUCCAGCAGAGUUAUGAGUGUAUCAAAACCAUGCAUGGUCACGAUCACAAUGUCUCGUCGGUGGCCUUUGUGCCGGCCGGAGAUUAUGUACUCUCUGCAUCACGGGACCGCACCAUUAAAAUGUGGGAGGUGGCCACAGGCUACUGUGUGAAAACCUACACAGGCCAUCGAGAGUGGGUGCGAAUGGUGCGAGUGCACAUCGAAGGCAGCAUCUUUGCCACAUGCUCAAAUGAUCAGACAAUACGUGUUUGGUUGACGAAUUCAAAAGACUGCAAGGUUGAAUUACGCGAUCAUGAGCAUACUGUGGAGUGCAUUGCCUGGGCGCCGGAAGCCGCAGCCUCUGCGAUAAACGAGGCAGCCGGAGCAGACAACAAGAAGGGCCAUCACCAGGGCCCGUUCCUGGCCUCCGGCUCUCGCGACAAAACCAUUCGCAUUUGGGACGUGAGCGUCGGCCUGUGCCUGCUUACCCUGAGUGGCCAUGACAACUGGGUGCGUGGCCUGGCAUUCCAUCCUGGUGGCAAAUACUUGGUGUCGGCCAGCGAUGACAAGACCAUUCGGGUCUGGGACUUGCGCAACAAGCGAUGCAUGAAGACGCUAUACGCGCAUCAGCAUUUCUGCACCUCCAUAGAUUUUCACAAAGCGCAUCCGUACGUAAUUAGCGGUAGCGUAGAUCAAACAGUUAAGGUCUGGGAAUGUCGUUAAAUUAAGGAAGACUCGGCAAGGGUUCUGCUUACUUCUCAAUUUAAACAUAAAUAAAGCUAAUAUAUUAAAUCACAUACCCACACACACACGAGCAGUCUCGGCCACCUCCGCGGAAGUUUAUUUUCCAGACGCUUUCUGUGUCAGCGUGAAAUGAACAUAUUGUAUUUUAAAACUGAAUGAAACUGGCGAAAACGAAUUAUUUAUUUAAUUGUACGACCUUCUAACUAAACUAACUACCUACCUACUAUACAAAGUACAUAAACAUAAUGCCCAAAAAAUACG